CGACAGCAAGCCUCUCAGGCCUUAUCGUAAUAUAGUUGGAUGAUGAAAGUGAGCAUCUCGGGAAAAGCGUAAUUUCUGUAAAAUUGCACAGAAUUACACACAAAUAGUGAAAAAAUACUUCGUGGAAAGUGGAUAAAAGAGGAGAUUGAAAGGAAUGUCGAAUUCCGGGCAGAAUUUCUACUUUGCUCGCGGUGUGAACUCGCAAGGAGUGCAAGCGCAGGAUACCACCAUUGAUCUGGCCAACAUAGAGGCUGGAGCUGCGACUGGAGAGACAAAUCACACGCCAGAGGCUCCGACAAGGCGCCUGGCGAACACCUUUCGCCUGCCGAACAACAUUGUGACGACAAAUUGGCGUGAAAUCACGCACAUGAUUCACUCAUCAUUCCUAGCUCAAUCCCAGCAAUCCCGGACAAUGAACAACUUCAGCACAUGGAUCCCCACGAGCGGCCCCACGGCCGUGCGGAGCACCGGGACGACUACUCACCCUUCUAGCCAAGACAGCUUUGUGAUAAACUUCGAUGGACAGCCUUCAGUGAGCGGAGAAGGUCCUCCGCCAGCGCCUGCUGAGCCGCCGGCCUACAACGCAAAUGCCACAGAACUGAGACCUCACCAUCACCACCACCAAGCCAGGGACGCAGAUCCGGAGGGCCCCAUGACAGAGGCUCUGGCGCAGAUGCCGGAGACACGAGCCUUUCUCCUAACUCUCAGUCGAUAUCUUCCAUACGUGUGCAUCUUGUUGGCCAAAUCCUGCUUUGACCACUUCGACGGCAUUCUGGACUGCAAUGUCCUCUUCGUCACGUUCUCCCACGCCAACUGGGUGGUGCGCCAGGAGGUGGCGAAGAAGCAGAACAGAAGGACCUUUACACUUAUCCGGGAGCUCAUCUACAUAACUCUGGCCAUCGUGAUAGUGGGCUUCAUGCUGGAGAGGAAGAACAUAUACAUCAGCCUCAUGUUCGCCUCGUCCUUCACUGAGCCUUUCGGCCUGAGGAACCUUCUCUUCUCCGUUGGCAUCACGGACUUGAUCCUCAAACUGAUCACUGUGGGUGUGAAGAUUCUCAUCACACUUCUUCCGGCGUCUGUGAUGGAGUACAAAGGGCGGGGUCGUGUGUACCUAAUGACCGAGGCAGUCUCUCAGCUGUAUCGCGCCUUGGCACCCAUUCAGCCGUGGCUCGUCUUCCUGCUGGACUCAUACACGUCCUAUGAGCGCAUCAUGGGCGUCAUCCUGGCGGCCGCCUACAUGGCAGCCAAGGGCGGAGAUCUGCUGAACAGAGCCAAGUUCGUGAAGCGAUCCUUCGUGAAGCUGCUGCAGAACGUCAGCUUCGGCGCCACGCCGACCAAAGAGCAGCAGCAAACGGCCGGUGGCAUGUGCCCCAUCUGCCACGACUACUACACGAAUCCCGUGCUGCUGGAAUGUAGCCACAUCUUCUGCGAGGCAUGCGUAGGUACGUGGUUUGACCGAGAGCAAACGUGCCCCUUGUGCAGAGCCAAGGUUGUGGAGGAUCCCUCCUGGAAAGACGGCGCCACGACGUUCUUCAUCCAAUUGUACUGAGAGACUUAAAUUCGCAGAUUCUCUAUU